AUGGGAGACGUGCCGCCCCCACCGGCGGGGCGGAGGCCCUCCGGGGGGAUCGCGCCACGCUGGAGUCGAGCCCUCUCGAGCCGCCGCUCCAGCAGGGGGAGUGGCUCGUCGCCCUCGAGCCCCAGCGACACGCUGUAUGUGCAGCUGGCUGCCUGGCGCUUCGAGCAAGCAAGGGCUUCCCGCACGGCGCCCGAAGCGGCGCUCAAAGAGGGAGUGCUCAGGGCCCUCGCCGAGACUGCGCCUGAGAGCGCAGAGGCAGUCCUAGGGGUGGAGGGCGUCGGAGUCACGAAGAUUGCGGCAGAGGAGAUUGCCUGCCUCGUGCGGCAGUGGAGAGCCUCAGUCGAGGCUGAAGAGGCCUUGGCGCUCUCCGCCGAGGCGGCGGCUCUCUGCGAACGCCGGCCUGACCUCUCGCUCACCGCAAUCCGCCACUGCCUCGAGCACCAGCGCGGACUGAAAAGGGACGGCCUGCUCGAUCGCUCGGACCACCUCCUCGCCGCCGUGCUCGCGGUGCCUGCCGUGUCCCUGACGCCCCCCAGCCGCGCCGCGAGCAAGGCGGCGCGGAAGGCGAGAGGCAACAGUGAACGCUUGCUCGGCCUUGGGAGUGUCUGGCCGCGCGCGAGCACCGGCCACGGGCUCGGCCCCGGCGGAUUGCGUGCCCCGACGAACGGCGACACAUAG